AUGUCUGCCAAGAAAACCCACAGUCAUGUCAUCGGAAACAAUAGGAACAUUCCUACGUCACAAGAUAAGGGAAAGCUAGGGAACCCAAUUUCAGUCCAGUUAGGAACAGACCUCGAGAAAUCCAACAGUCUAGAUUCACUGGAAAAGCCGGAAAAUGUUGGAAGGUUGAAGUCAACACGCACAACAUUUCAAAAACACUGGCGCCGCUUUUGGUGUUGUUAUUUGGUGGCUGUUGUCAUCUUUCUGGCCAUCUUUCUCCCAGUUUUCUUUCUGGUAGCAGUCCCUGCGAUUGCUCAAAGAAUUGUCAACGACACAAACCUACCGGUGUAUUCCGCGCAAAUUCUCGAUCCUAAGACAAACCAAGUCUCCUUCACUCUUCACACAUCUUUAAAUGUGCCUUUAGGACUUCGAAUUCACACAGAUCCUAUGAAUUUGAGUUUAUUCAAUCGAAAUACCAAGCCGAUGGAGCCGUAUCUAGUUGUUGCUCUUCCGGCAUAUAGCCUCAAAGGAAAUACAAAUAUGAGUGUCACACGGAACAAUACAGAUAUACUCAACCAAAGCGAGUUUAUGAAAGUUCUGACCGACGCUGUAUACAACAAGAAGUUUGUAAUGUCCGCCAAAGGCUCCACAGUCGGUCAUUUGGGAGCGUUGAAAACCCCAUUGACAUUGAAAGGCUUUUCAAUCGACUCGGCUCGAUUACUCAUCCCCAAAGAAGCUGAUGGUACUAAUCUUGCUGGCGUAGCAACACUGCCAAACCAUUCAGUGUUCACAUUUGCACUGGGCAAUGUCACACUUAAUUUGAGGAGCUAUAAUUUAACAAUCGGUCAAGCCACUAUUCCAAACGUUGUUCUUAAACCAGGAAAUAAUACUGUCUCUCUGCGAGGAUAUGUCAAUAUAACAACAAUCCUCGAUAAUCUGUCGGAUAUACUCUCUUCCCAGAAAACUGCGCUUUUAGAUGGUGAAGUUGAGCUCUCCGCUUCAGGUAAUUCCACAAUUUACAAUGAUGUCCACAUUAAAUAUUACGAGGACGUCUUGAACAAUCUUACACUCACCACACGGGUACCAAUUCUUCAAGUAAUUGGGGACACCCUUGAUGCUCUACAAGAUGAUAGUGAUUCUUCACUCGGACAACUUAUUCAGAAUGUCACCAGCAUACUAGGAGGUUUGACCAACUCAUCCAAUAUUUCGACAGUCACCCGCUCAAUUCACUCUAUUACCUGA